GUCCUCUUCCUUUCCCCUACUUGGCAACGGGGCAUAGUCGCAGAAUAUACCUCCUCAACCACGACACAUCCCACAGAUACACAGUUCGAUCAAAAAUCGUGCCUCUCUUUUUGAGUUUACACACAGACACACAAACAUACUACAAUGUCUUUGUCAGAAGAAAGAUAUCAAAACAUCAUCGUGAUGAGACAUGGCGAUCGACGAGACUACCUGGAUCCAUCCUGGGCUGCCACUGCAGGAGACAGGAAAUGGGACCCACCACUGGCUGAACCGGGUCUGACCCGUGCUUUCCUCACCGGUCAGAAGCUGCGUGACACUCUUGCUUUUCCGAUCCACCGGGUUCUCGUUUCGCCGUUUUAUAGGUGUCUUCAAACGGCGGCUCAGGCCAUCGCCGGUCUCUCGGAUCAGAACCACGCUCUUAACCUUAAGGUUUCUGUUGAGUAUGGUUUGUGUGAGAUGCUGAACACUGAAGCCAUAAAGCCGGAAAUGGCUCCCAAAGACGGUAAAUUUGUCUUUAAUAGAUCAGACUGUGAAGCUGUCUUACCCGCUGGAAUGGUGGAUCACACUGUUGAGCAUUUGUAUCAAACGUUGCCACAAUGGGAGGAGACUGUGGCAGGUGCCAAUGAUCGAUAUGUGCAGGUUUUCAAGGCCCUAGCAGAUAAAUAUCCUUCUGAAAACUUGUUGCUCGUUACUCAUGGGGCAGGAGUGGCUGUUUCUGUUUCUGCAUUCGUGAAAAACACCAUUGUUCAUGAUGUCGAAUAUUGUGCAUUCUCACAAUUGAAGAGAACCGUCUCCCCAGGCAAAGACAAUGCAUUUACUGCCGGAGACUUUGAGGCUUUUCUACCAGAAGGUGAAACUGGGAUCCACUACUCCAAAGCAACCUCCUGAAGAUAAAAUGUUUAAUACUAUAUCUGUAUAUCAGAUAUUAUUUAUCCAGGAACACAUAUCGUCCAAAUUGCAUGACGACGUUUCCGAAAACAGUGAUUGUGAUUAUGUUUCGAUACGUGCCAUUGAUUGUUAGCCGAUUAAUUCUCCACAAUAAGACGUUACAUUUCUCACAUGUAAGAUGAAAUAACAUUUCUAGACCUUUUAAUGUGUUUCUUGUUAUGUAUA